AUGCAGACCGCACCUAGUCCUUUUCUUGCCGCGGUUCUUCCUCUCAGAGCGGCUGCAGCUACUUUCUCAACUCCGGCAGUGGGUACUGCCUGCUCUCAGGGAGCCAUCGCAGCGCAACCCAAUGGCCUGGCUGAUCACGAGACCCAAGACAGCGAGUAUUCUGAAGCUGCAACCGCCACUCUCUCUCCCUCCUCCGCCUAUGGCAAUGCGGCGAGUGAGCAUCUCACCGCCGCCACUCAGUUAAACGCCGGCCUCCCCUCCGCCUACGCCUCUCUUUCAGCUGCAGCCGCCACUCCCUCCCCCUCCUCCACCUAUGGCAAUGCGGCGAGUGAGCAUCUCACCGCCGCCACUCAGUUAAAUGCCGGCCUCCCCUCCGCCUCCGCCUCAGCUGCCGCCGCCACCCUCUCUCCCUCCUCCGCCUAUGGCAAUGCGAGUGAGCAUCUCACCGCCGCCACUCAGGUCAAUGCCGGCCUCCCCUCCGCCUCCGCCUCCCUCUCAGCUGCAGCCGCCACCCUCUCUCCCUCAUCCGCCUAUGGCAAUGCGGCGAGUCAGCAUCUGACUGCUGCCACUCAGUUAAACGCCGGCCUCCCCUCCGCCUACGCCUCUCUUUCAGCUGCAGCCGCCACUCCCUCCCCCUCCUCCGCCUAUGGCAAUGCGGCGAGUGAGCAUCUCACCGCCGCCACACAGUUAAACACCGGCCUCCCCUCUGCCUAUGCCUCCCUUUCAGCUGCAGCCGCCACCCUCUCUCCCUCCUCCGCCUAUGGCAAUGCGAGUGAGCAUCUCACCGCCGCCACUCAGGUCAAUGCCGGCCUCCCCUCCGCCUCCGCCUCCCUCUCAGCUGCAGCCGCCACCCUCUCUCCCUUAUCCGCCUAUGGCAAUGCGGCAAGUCAGCAUCUCACUGCUGCCACUCAGUUAAACGCCGGCCUCCCCUCCGCCUACGCCUCUCUUUCAGCUGCAGCAACCACUCCCUCCCCCUCCUCCGCCUAUGGCAAUGCGGCGAGUCAGCAUCUCACCGCCACCACACAGUUAAACACCGGCCUCCCCUCCGCCUAUGCCUCCCUUUCAGCUGCAGCCGCCACCCUCUCUCCCUCCUCCGCCUAUGGCAAUGCGAGUGAGCAUCUCACCGCCGCCACUCAGGUCAAUGCCGGCCUCCCCUCCGCCUCCGCCUCCCUCUCAGCUGCAGCCGCCACCCUCUCUCCCUCAUCCGCCUAUGGCAAUGCGGCGAGUCAGCAUCUCACUGCCGCCACCCAGUUAAACGCCGGCCUCCCCUCCGCCUACGCCUCUCUUUCAGCUGCAGCCGCCACUCCCUCCCCCUCCUCCGCCUAUGGCAAUGCGGCAAGUCAGCAUCUCACCGCCGCCACACAGUUAAACACCGGCCUCCCCUCCGCCUACACCUCCCUUUCAGCUGCAGCCGCCACCCUCUCUCCCUCCUCCGCCUAUGGCAAUGCGAGUGAGCAUCUCACCGCCGCCACUCAGGUCAAUGCCGGCCUCCCCUCCGCCUCCGCCUCCCUCUCAGCUGCAGCCGCCACCCUCUCUCCCUCAUCCGCCUAUGGCAAUGCGGCGAGUCAGCAUCUCACUGCCGCCACCCAGUUAAACGCCGGCCUCCCCUCCGCCUACGCCUCUCUUUCAGCUGCAGCCGCCACUCCCUCCCCCUCCUCCGCCUAUGGCAAUGCGGCGAGUGAGCAUCUCACCGCCGCCACUCAGUUAAACGCCGGCCUCCCCUCCGCCUACGCCUCUCUUUCAGCUGCAGCCGCCACUCCCUCCCCCUCCUCCGCCUAUGGCAAUGCGGCAAGUCAGCAUCUCACCGCCGCCACACAGUUAAACACCGGCCUCCCCUCCGCCUACACCUCCCUUUCAGCUGCAGCCGCCACCCUCUCUCCCUCCUCCGCCUAUGGCAAUGCGAGUGAGCAUCUCACCGCCGCCACUCAGGUCAAUGCCGGCCUCCCCUCCGCCUCCGCCUCCCUCUCAGCUGCAGCCGCCACCCUCUCUUCCCCAUCCGCCUAUGGCAAUGCGGCGAGUCAGCAUCUCACCGCCGCCACACAGUUAAACACCGGCCUCCCCUCCGCCUACGCCUCCCUUUCAGCUGCAGCCGCCACCCUCUCUCCCUCCUCCGCCUAUGGCAAUGCGAGUGAGCAUCUCACCGCCGCCACUCAGGUCAAUGCCGGCCUCCCCUCCGCCUCCGCCUCCCUCUCAGCUGCAGCCGCCACCCUCUCUCCCUCAUCCGCCUAUGGCAAUGCGGCGAGUCAGCAUCUGACUGCUGCCACUCAGUUAAACGCCGGCCUCCCCUCCGCCUACGCCUCUCUUUCAGCUGCAGCCGCCACUCCCUCCCCCUCCUCCGCCUAUGGCAAUGCGGCGAGUGAGCAUCUCACCGCCGCCACACAGUUAAACACCGGCCUCCCCUCUGCCUAUGCCUCCCUUUCAGCUGCAGCCGCCACCCUCUCUCCCUCCUCCGCCUAUGGCAAUGCGAGUGAGCAUCUCACCGCCGCCACUCAGGUCAAUGCCGGCCUCCCCUCCGCCUCCGCCUCCCUCUCAGCUGCAGCCGCCACCCUCUCUCCCUUAUCCGCCUAUGGCAAUGCGGCAAGUCAGCAUCUCACUGCUGCCACUCAGUUAAACGCCGGCCUCCCCUCCGCCUACGCCUCUCUUUCAGCUGCAGCAACCACUCCCUCCCCCUCCUCCGCCUAUGGCAAUGCGGCGAGUCAGCAUCUCACCGCCACCACACAGUUAAACACCGGCCUCCCCUCCGCCUAUGCCUCCCUUUCAGCUGCAGCCGCCACCCUCUCUCCCUCCUCCGCCUAUGGCAAUGCGAGUGAGCAUCUCACCGCCGCCACUCAGGUCAAUGCCGGCCUCCCCUCCGCCUCCGCCUCCCUCUCAGCUGCAGCCGCCACCCUCUCUCCCUCAUCCGCCUAUGGCAAUGCGGCGAGUCAGCAUCUCACUGCCGCCACCCAGUUAAACGCCGGCCCCCCCUCCGCCUACGCCUCUCUUUCAGCUGCAGCCGCCACUCCCUCCCCCUCCUCCGCCUAUGGCAAUGCGGCAAGUCAGCAUCUCACCGCCGCCACACAGUUAAACACCGGCCUCCCCUCCGCCUACACCUCCCUUUCAGCUGCAGCCGCCACCCUCUCUCCCUCCUCCGCCUAUGGCAAUGCGAGUGAGCAUCUCACCGCCGCCACUCAGGUCAAUGCCGGCCUCCCCUCCGCCUCCGCCUCCCUCUCAGCUGCAGCCGCCACCCUCUCUCCCUCAUCCGCCUAUGGCAAUGCGGCGAGUCAGCAUCUCACUGCCGCCACCCAGUUAAACGCCGGCCUCCCCUCCGCCUACGCCUCUCUUUCAGCUGCAGCCGCCACUCCCUCCCCCUCCUCCGCCUAUGGCAAUGCGGCGAGUGAGCAUCUCACCGCCGCCACUCAGUUAAACGCCGGCCUCCCCUCCGCCUACGCCUCUCUUUCAGCUGCAGCCGCCACUCCCUCCCCCUCCUCCGCCUAUGGCAAUGCGGCAAGUCAGCAUCUCACCGCCGCCACACAGUUAAACACCGGCCUCCCCUCCGCCUACACCUCCCUUUCAGCUGCAGCCGCCACCCUCUCUCCCUCCUCCGCCUAUGGCAAUGCGAGUGAGCAUCUCACCGCCGCCACUCAGGUCAAUGCCGGCCUCCCCUCCGCCUCCGCCUCCCUCUCAGCUGCAGCCGCCACCCUCUCUCCCUCAUCCGCCUAUGGCAAUGCGGCGAGUCAGCAUCUCACUGCCGCCACCCAGUUAAAUGCCGGCCCCCCCUCCGCCUACGCCUCUCUUUCAGCUGCAGCCGCCACUCCCUCCCCCUCCUCCGCCUAUGGCAAUGCGGCAAGUCAGCAUCUCACCGCCGCCACACAGUUAAACACCGGCCUCCCCUCCGCCUACACCUCCCUUUCAGCUGCAGCCGCCACCCUCUCUCCCUCCUCCGCCUAUGGCAAUGCGAGUGAGCAUCUCACCGCCGCCACUCAGGUCAAUGCCGGCCUCCCCUCCGCCUCCGCCUCCCUCUCAGCUGCAGCCGCCACCCUCUCUCCCUCAUCCGCCUAUGGCAAUGCGGCGAGUCAGCAUCUCACUGCCGCCACCCAGUUAAACGCCGGCCUCCCCUCCGCCUACGCCUCUCUUUCAGCUGCAGCCGCCACUCCCUCCCCCUCCUCCGCCUAUGGCAAUGCGGCGAGUGAGCAUCUCACCGCCGCCACUCAGUUAAACGCCGGCCUCCCCUCCGCCUACGCCUCUCUUUCAGCUGCAGCCGCCACUCCCUCCCCCUCCUCCGCCUAUGGCAAUGCGGCAAGUCAGCAUCUCACCGCCGCCACACAGUUAAACACCGGCCUCCCCUCCGCCUACACCUCCCUUUCAGCUGCAGCCGCCACCCUCUCUCCCUCAUCCGCCUAUGGCAAUGCGGCGAGUCAGCAUCUCACUGCCGCCACCCAGUUAAACGCCGGCCCCCCCUCCGCCUACGCCUCUCUUUCAGCUGCAGCCGCCACUCCCUCCCCCUCCUCCGCCUAUGGCAAUGCGGCAAGUCAGCAUCUCACCGCCGCCACACAGUUAAACACCGGCCUCCCCUCCGCCUACACCUCCCUUUCAGCUGCAGCCGCCACCCUCUCUCCCUCCUCCGCCUAUGGCAAUGCGAGUGAGCAUCUCACCGCCGCCACUCAGGUCAAUGCCGGCCUCCCCUCCGCCUCCGCCUCCCUCUCAGCUGCAGCCGCCACCCUCUCUCCCUCAUCCGCCUAUGGCAAUGCGGCGAGUCAGCAUCUCACUGCCGCCACCCAGUUAAACGCCGGCCUCCCCUCCGCCUACGCCUCUCUUUCAGCUGCAGCCGCCACUCCCUCCCCCUCCUCCGCCUAUGGCAAUGCGGCGAGUGAGCAUCUCACCGCCGCCACUCAGUUAAACGCCGGCCUCCCCUCCGCCUACGCCUCUCUUUCAGCUGCAGCCGCCACUCCCUCCCCCUCCUCCGCCUAUGGCAAUGCGGCAAGUCAGCAUCUCACCGCCGCCACACAGUUAAACACCGGCCUCCCCUCCGCCUACACCUCCCUUUCAGUUGCAGCCGCCACCCUCUCUCCCUCCUCCGCCUAUGGCAAUGCGAGUGAGCAUCUCACCGCCGCCACUCAGGUCAAUGCCGGCCUCCCCUCCGCCUCCGCCUCCCUCUCAGCUGCAGCCGCCACCCUCUCUUCCCCAUCCGCCUAUGGCAAUGCGGCGAGUCAGCAUCUCACCGCCGCCACACAGUUAAACACCGGCCUCCCCUCCGCCUACGCCUCCCUUUCAGCUGCAGCCGCCACCCUCUCUCCCUCCUCCGCCUAUGGCAAUGCGAGUGAGCAUCUCACCGCCGCCACUCAGGUCAAUGCCGGCCUCCCCUCCGCCUCCGCCUCCCUCUCAGCUGCAGCCGCCACCCUCUCUCCCUCAUCCGCCUAUGGCAAUGCGGCGAGUCAGCAUCUGACUGCUGCCACUCAGUUAAACGCCGGCCUCCCCUCCGCCUACGCCUCUCUUUCAGCUGCAGCCGCCACUCCCUCCCCCUCCUCCGCCUAUGGCAAUGCGGCGAGUGAGCAUCUCACCGCCGCCACACAGUUAAACACCGGCCUCCCCUCUGCCUAUGCCUCCCUUUCAGCUGCAGCCGCCACCCUCUCUCCCUCCUCCGCCUAUGGCAAUGCGAGUGAGCAUCUCACCGCCGCCACUCAGGUCAAUGCCGGCCUCCCCUCCGCCUCCGCCUCCCUCUCAGCUGCAGCCGCCACCCUCUCUCCCUUAUCCGCCUAUGGCAAUGCGGCAAGUCAGCAUCUCACUGCUGCCACUCAGUUAAACGCCGGCCUCCCCUCCGCCUACGCCUCUCUUUCAGCUGCAGCAACCACUCCCUCCCCCUCCUCCGCCUAUGGCAAUGCGGCGAGUGAGCAUCUCACCGCCACCACACAGUUAAACACCGGCCUCCCCUCCGCCUAUGCCUCCCUUUCAGCUGCAGCCGCCACCCUCUCUCCCUCCUCCGCCUAUGGCAAUGCGAGUGAGCAUCUCACCGCCGCCACUCAGGUCAAUGCCGGCCUCCCCUCCGCCUCCGCCUCCCUCUCAGCUGCAGCCGCCACCCUCUCUCCCUCAUCCGCCUAUGGCAAUGCGGCGAGUCAGCAUCUCACUGCCGCCACCCAGUUAAACGCCGGCCUCCCCUCCGCCUACGCCUCUCUUUCAGCUGCAGCCGCCACUCCCUCCCCCUCCUCCGCCUAUGGCAAUGCGGCAAGUCAGCAUCUCACCGCCGCCACACAGUUAAACACCGGCCUCCCCUCCGCCUACACCUCCCUUUCAGCUGCAGCCGCCACCCUCUCUCCCUCCUCCGCCUAUGGCAAUGCGAGUGAGCAUCUCACCGCCGCCACUCAGGUCAAUGCCGGCCUCCCCUCCGCCUCCGCCUCCCUCUCAGCUGCAGCCGCCACCCUCUCUCCCUCAUCCGCCUAUGGCAAUGCGGCGAGUCAGCAUCUCACUGCCGCCACCCAGUUAAACGCCGGCCUCCCCUCCGCCUACGCCUCUCUUUCAGCUGCAGCCGCCACUCCCUCCCCCUCCUCCGCCUAUGGCAAUGCGGCGAGUGAGCAUCUCACCGCCGCCACUCAGUUAAACGCCGGCCUCCCCUCCGCCUACGCCUCUCUUUCAGCUGCAGCCGCCACUCCCUCCCCCUCCUCCGCCUAUGGCAAUGCGGCAAGUCAGCAUCUCACCGCCGCCACACAGUUAAACACCGGCCUCCCCUCCGCCUACACCUCCCUUUCAGCUGCAGCCGCCACCCUCUCUCCCUCCUCCGCCUAUGGCAAUGCGAGUGAGCAUCUCACCGCCGCCACUCAGGUCAAUGCCGGCCUCCCCUCCGCCUCCGCCUCCCUCUCAGCUGCAGCCGCCACCCUCUCUCCCUCAUCCGCCUAUGGCAAUGCGGCGAGUCAGCAUCUCACUGCCGCCACCCAGUUAAAUGCCGGCCCCCCCUCCGCCUACGCCUCUCUUUCAGCUGCAGCCGCCACUCCCUCCCCCUCCUCCGCCUAUGGCAAUGCGGCAAGUCAGCAUCUCACCGCCGCCACACAGUUAAACACCGGCCUCCCCUCCGCCUACACCUCCCUUUCAGCUGCAGCCGCCACCCUCUCUCCCUCCUCCGCCUAUGGCAAUGCGAGUGAGCAUCUCACCGCCGCCACUCAGGUCAAUGCCGGCCUCCCCUCCGCCUCCGCCUCCCUCUCAGCUGCAGCCGCCACCCUCUCUCCCUCAUCCGCCUAUGGCAAUGCGGCGAGUCAGCAUCUCACUGCCGCCACCCAGUUAAACGCCGGCCUCCCCUCCGCCUACGCCUCUCUUUCAGCUGCAGCCGCCACUCCCUCCCCCUCCUCCGCCUAUGGCAAUGCGGCGAGUGAGCAUCUCACCGCCGCCACUCAGUUAAACGCCGGCCUCCCCUCCGCCUACGCCUCUCUUUCAGCUGCAGCCGCCACUCCCUCCCCCUCCUCCGCCUAUGGCAAUGCGGCAAGUCAGCAUCUCACCGCCGCCACACAGUUAAACACCGGCCUCCCCUCCGCCUACACCUCCCUUUCAGCUGCAGCCGCCACCCUCUCUCCCUCAUCCGCCUAUGGCAAUGCGGCGAGUCAGCAUCUCACUGCCGCCACCCAGUUAAACGCCGGCCCCCCCUCCGCCUACGCCUCUCUUUCAGCUGCAGCCGCCACUCCCUCCCCCUCCUCCGCCUAUGGCAAUGCGGCAAGUCAGCAUCUCACCGCCGCCACACAGUUAAACACCGGCCUCCCCUCCGCCUACACCUCCCUUUCAGCUGCAGCCGCCACCCUCUCUCCCUCCUCCGCCUAUGGCAAUGCGAGUGAGCAUCUCACCGCCGCCACUCAGGUCAAUGCCGGCCUCCCCUCCGCCUCCGCCUCCCUCUCAGCUGCAGCCGCCACCCUCUCUCCCUCAUCCGCCUAUGGCAAUGCGGCGAGUCAGCAUCUCACUGCCGCCACCCAGUUAAACGCCGGCCUCCCCUCCGCCUACGCCUCUCUUUCAGCUGCAGCCGCCACUCCCUCCCCCUCCUCCGCCUAUGGCAAUGCGGCGAGUGAGCAUCUCACCGCCGCCACUCAGUUAAACGCCGGCCUCCCCUCCGCCUACGCCUCUCUUUCAGCUGCAGCCGCCACUCCCUCCCCCUCCUCCGCCUAUGGCAAUGCGGCAAGUCAGCAUCUCACCGCCGCCACACAGUUAAACACCGGCCUCCCCUCCGCCUACACCUCCCUUUCAGCUGCAGCCGCCACCCUCUCUCCCUCAUCCGCCUAUGGCAAUGCGGCGAGUCAGCAUCUCACUGCCGCCACCCAGUUAAACGCCGGCCCCCCCUCCGCCUACGCCUCUCUUUCAGCUGCAGCCGCCACUCCCUCCCCCUCCUCCGCCUAUGGCAAUGCGGCAAGUCAGCAUCUCACCGCCGCCACACAGUUAAACACCGGCCUCCCCUCCGCCUACACCUCCCUUUCAGCUGCAGCCGCCACCCUCUCUCCCUCCUCCGCCUAUGGCAAUGCGAGUGAGCAUCUCACCGCCGCCACUCAGGUCAAUGCCGGCCUCCCCUCCGCCUCCGCCUCCCUCUCAGCUGCAGCCGCCACCCUCUCUCCCUCAUCCGCCUAUGGCAAUGCGGCGAGUCAGCAUCUCACUGCCGCCACCCAGUUAAACGCCGGCCUCCCCUCCGCCUACGCCUCUCUUUCAGCUGCAGCCGCCACUCCCUCCCCCUCCUCCGCCUAUGGCAAUGCGGCGAGUGAGCAUCUCACCGCCGCCACUCAGUUAAACGCCGGCCUCCCCUCCGCCUACGCCUCCCUUUCAGCUGCAGCCGCCACCCUCUCUCCCUCCUCCGCCUAUGGCAAUGCGAGUGAGCAUCUCACCGCCGCCACUCAGGUCAAUGCCGGCCUCCCCUCCGCCUCCGCCUCCCUCUCAGCUGCAGCCGCCACCCUCUCUCCCUCAUCCGCCUAUGGCAAUGCGGCGAGUCAGCAUCUCACUGCCGCCACCCAGUUAAACGCCGGCCUCCCCUCCGCCUACGCCUCUCUUUCAGCUGCAGCCGCCACUCCCUCCCCCUCCUCCGCCUAUGGCAAUGCGGCGAGUGAGCAUCUCACCGCCGCCACUCAGUUAAACGCCGGCCUCCCCUCCGCCUACGCCUCCCUUUCAGCUGCAGCCGCCACCCUCUCUCCCUCCUCCGCCUAUGGCAAUGCGGCAAGUCAUCAUCUCAACGCCGCCACUCAGUUAAACACCGGCCUCCCCUCCGCCUACACCUCCCUUUCAGCUGCAGCCGCCACCCUCUCUCCCUCAUCCGCCUAUGGCAAUGCGGCGAGUCAGCAUCUCACUGCCGCCACCCAGUUAAACGCCGGCCCCCCCUCCGCCUACGCCUCUCUUUCAGCUGCAGCCGCCACUCCCUCCCCCUCCUCCGCCUAUGGCAAUGCGGCAAGUCAGCAUCUCACCGCCGCCACACAGUUAAACACCGGCCUCCCCUCCGCCUACACCUCCCUUUCAGCUGCAGCCGCCACCCUCUCUCCCUCAUCCGCCUAUGGCAAUGCGGCGAGUCAGCAUCUCACUGCCGCCACCCAGUUAAACGCCGGCCCCCCCUCCGCCUACGCCUCUCUUUCAGCUGCAGCCGCCACUCCCUCCCCCUCCUCCGCCUAUGGCAAUGCGGCAAGUCAGCAUCUCACCGCCGCCACACAGUUAAACACCGGCCUCCCCUCCGCCUACACCUCCCUUUCAGCUGCAGCCGCCACCCUCUCUCCCUCCUCCGCCUAUGGCAAUGCGAGUGAGCAUCUCACCGCCGCCACUCAGGUCAAUGCCGGCCUCCCCUCCGCCUCCGCCUCCCUCUCAGCUGCAGCCGCCACCCUCUCUCCCUCAUCCGCCUAUGGCAAUGCGGCGAGUCAGCAUCUCACUGCCGCCACCCAGUUAAACGCCGGCCUCCCCUCCGCCUACGCCUCUCUUUCAGCUGCAGCCGCCACUCCCUCCCCCUCCUCCGCCUAUGGCAAUGCGGCGAGUGAGCAUCUCACCGCCGCCACUCAGUUAAACGCCGGCCUCCCCUCCGCCUACGCCUCCCUUUCAGCUGCAGCCGCCACCCUCUCUCCCUCCUCCGCCUAUGGCAAUGCGAGUGAGCAUCUCACCGCCGCCACUCAGGUCAAUGCCGGCCUCCCCUCCGCCUCCGCCUCCCUCUCAGCUGCAGCCGCCACCCUCUCUCCCUCAUCCGCCUAUGGCAAUGCGGCGAGUCAGCAUCUCACUGCCGCCACCCAGUUAAACGCCGGCCUCCCCUCCGCCUACGCCUCUCUUUCAGCUGCAGCCGCCACUCCCUCCCCCUCCUCCGCCUAUGGCAAUGCGGCGAGUGAGCAUCUCACCGCCGCCACUCAGUUAAACGCCGGCCUCCCCUCCGCCUACGCCUCCCUUUCAGCUGCAGCCGCCACCCUCUCUCCCUCCUCCGCCUAUGGCAAUGCGGCAAGUCAUCAUCUCAACGCCGCCACUCAGUUAAACACCGGCCUCCCCUCCGCCUACACCUCCCUUUCAGCUGCAGCCGCCACCCUCUCUCCCUCAUCCGCCUAUGGCAAUGCGGCGAGUCAGCAUCUCACUGCCGCCACCCAGUUAAACGCCGGCCCCCCCUCCGCCUACGCCUCUCUUUCAGCUGCAGCCGCCACUCCCUCCCCCUCCUCCGCCUAUGGCAAUGCGGCAAGUCAGCAUCUCACCGCCGCCACACAGUUAAACACCGGCCUCCCCUCCGCCUACACCUCCCUUUCAGCUGCAGCCGCCACCCUCUCUCCCUCCUCCGCCUAUGGCAAUGCGAGUGAGCAUCUCACCGCCGCCACUCAGGUCAAUGCCGGCCUCCCCUCCGCCUCCGCCUCCCUCUCAGCUGCAGCCGCCACCCUCUCUCCCUCAUCCGCCUAUGGCAAUGCGGCGAGUCAGCAUCUCACUGCCGCCACCCAGUUAAACGCCGGCCUCCCCUCCGCCUACGCCUCUCUUUCAGCUGCAGCCGCCACUCCCUCCCCCUCCUCCGCCUAUGGCAAUGCGGCGAGUGAGCAUCUCACCGCCGCCACUCAGUUAAACGCCGGCCUCCCCUCCGCCUACGCCUCCCUUUCAGCUGCAGCCGCCACCCUCUCUCCCUCCUCCGCCUAUGGCAAUGCGAGUGAGCAUCUCACCGCCGCCACUCAGGUCAAUGCCGGCCUCCCCUCCGCCUCCGCCUCCCUCUCAGCUGCAGCCGCCACCCUCUCUCCCUCAUCCGCCUAUGGCAAUGCGGCGAGUCAGCAUCUCACUGCCGCCACCCAGUUAAACGCCGGCCUCCCCUCCGCCUACGCCUCUCUUUCAGCUGCAGCCGCCACUCCCUCCCCCUCCUCCGCCUAUGGCAAUGCGGCGAGUGAGCAUCUCACCGCCGCCACUCAGUUAAACGCCGGCCUCCCCUCCGCCUACGCCUCCCUUUCAGCUGCAGCCGCCACCCUCUCUCCCUCCUCCGCCUAUGGCAAUGCGGCAAGUCAUCAUCUCAACGCCGCCACUCAGUUAAACCCGCAUGCCUCAGAUCCGCACUCGAGCCCAGUUCAGCCUUCCUGCACUUCUUCCUCCCGACCUGAACAGGUCACUCACUCCUCUCAGGCCACUUUGCCAGGCCUAGUUGGCCAUCCCCUCAACUCCGCCGCACGCCCUGCUGCCCUGGCCUCCCCUGCCCCACCUGCCAUGCCCGAAGUUUAG